CCUCUCCAAAGGGCGCGCACGCCGCCCCUACAGUGCGCGUUCCUCCCCCACAACGCCAUGGCCUCCUCCUUUCUUCUCUCCGCUAUCCUCCUCUUGCUCUUCCAACUUCCCCUCUCCACCUCUAUCACCGAGGCCGAGACCCUCCUCACCUUCAAAUCCUCCAUCUCCAACAACACUGCAUUGUCCUCCUGGGACAUCAAGAAUCCUCCAUGCAAGGGGAACUCUGCCAAUUGGGUUGGUGUUCUAUGUAUCCAGGAUUCUGUUUGGGGUCUACAACUUGAGAAUAUGGGAUUUACGGGCACUCUCAACGUCUCCUCUCUUACUAACUUGCCAAACUUGAGAACCAUAAGCUUCAUGAACAAUCGUUUUGAUGGUCCCAUACCGGAGAUAAAGAAAAUUCCUGCCUUGAAGUCGGUGUUUUUGUCAAGGAAUCGUCUAUCUGGAGAGAUUCCUGCGGACUCAUUUACCGGAAUGGUGUGGCUGAAGAAACUGUAUUUGUCUCAAAACCAAUUCACCGGUGCCAUUCCUGCGUCAUUGGUUUCCUUGCCUAAGCUUAUGGAAGCCAGACUUGACGGAAACCAUUUCGAGGGUCUAAUCCCGGUAUUUAAAACGCAGAAUCUUGUAACAUUCAAUGUCUCUGACAAUGCAUUGUUAGGUCCCAUACCGUCCGGUCUUAACAAGAUGCCCAUCACUAUGUUUCAAGGCAACAAAGGUCUGUGCGGACAGCCAUUGGGGCCAUGCAAUUCGCCAACUGCUCUGUUACCUUCUCCGAAUGACAGUUCCAUUGUUAACGGGGUCAGGAAUACCAGCAAACACACCGCUCGUAGUAUUCUGAUCAUUUUAAUACUCUGUGUGGUAGCAUUAGUGGCCAUCCUAGCAGUUAUGUUUGCCCUGCGCCGCAGAAGCUCGCGGCCAAAUUCCGUUGAGUCACCUCAAUCAAACCUGGAGAAAAAAACGGGUAUCAAGGAGGAUCAAUCAUCCCAUGGUGGAUCCUCACACCACUCCUCUGCCGGUCGGAAGGGUGAGGUUCCGAAGCUCUCGUUUGUGAGGGAUGACAGAGAGAAGUUUGAAUUGCCAGACUUGCUUAAGGCCUCUGCAGAGAUAUUAGGCAGUGGUUGCUUUGGGGCAUCGUAUAAGGCAGCGCCGACAACAGGGUCCGCAAUGGUGGUCAAGAGGUUUAAGAAAAUGAACAAUGUUGGAAGAGAAGAGUUCCACGAGCAUAUGAGGAGGAUAGGGAGGUUGAACCAUCCUAACUUGCUUCCUCUUGUGGCUUACUAUUAUAGGAAGGAAGAGAAGCUCUUGGUAACUGAUUUCGUUCACAACGGUAGCUUGGCUGUUCAUCUUCAUGGCCACCAGUCUUUAGGGCAACCAAGCCUAGACUGGCCAACUCGGUUGAAGAUUGUGAAAGGAGUAACCGCAGGACUUGCAUACCUCUACAAGGAGCUCCCUAGCUUAAUUGCACCACACGGUCACCUCAAAUCCUCAAACGUUCUUCUCAAUGAAUCCUAUGAGCCCCUCCUCUCAGACUACGGCCUGAUCCCCGUAAUCAACCAAGAGAGCGCACAGGAGCUAAUGGUAGCCUACAAAUCUCCCGAGUACUUCCAAAACGGGCGUGUCACGAAGAAGACUGAUGUAUGGGGUUUGGGGAUACUAAUCCUAGAGAUCCUCACUGGAAAAUUCCCUGCAAACUUCUUGAAGGAGGGUCAAGGGGACGAGGAGGAUUUGGCCAUGUUAGUGAGCUCAAUAGUCAAAGAAGGACGCGUGGAGGAGGUGUUUGACAAGGAGAUGGAAAUGGAGAAGAAUAGCAUAGGAGAAAUGGUGAGGUUGCUAAAGAUAGGGUUGAGUUGUUGCGAAAAUUUGGAGAAUAGGUUGGAGUUGAAAGAGGCGGUGGAAAAGAUUGAAGAGUUAAAGGAGAAAGACGACCAUGAUGAUGAUCACUCUUCGAUUAUUAGUGAUGGAGAAAAGAAGUCGUCAAGAGGAUUGUCUGAUGAUUCCACGAUGAGUUGAAACAGAAAAUUGGUAAGAUUCAGACCAAAUGUUGUCGGAGAGGAUUAAAGUUGCAGUUGCUGCAGAAGGGAGAUGAUGAGAUGGGGUUACUUUGGUCUAGAAAAUAAGAAAGAAAGAAAAUGUGAAAUGCACAAUUUGGAUUUUGUUUUUUGUCAUUUUUCCUUAGGGAGAGUCUUCCUUAGAAUACUUCGUGCUUGUUUCUCCAUCUCUGUGUGUCUCUUAUUGGUACAAUUUCUUUCGGAAAAACUACCAGAACAUGUGUUAAUGGAUUAUUAUUCAUAUGACUUUAGUUUAAGUUUGAUCGGUCCUUCAUCCGUUGAUCU